AUGGAGAUUCAUGCUAGACGUAAAAUGGCACAAUUGGAAGCUGGACGACAGUUGAGAGAGCUCGAAGGCAGUUGGGUAGCUAUGGUUACCAACAAUUACAGAAUGGAGCUCGCCAACAACCAGUUGGCGGCUGAGAAUGCACAAAUGGCUAAAAGACUACGGCUCGAUCCAGCAGCAAUUGAUAAACUUAGCUAG